AGGCUUCUCUACUGUUUGUACAGUGGCAUGAGGUUGUCUAGUACAAAAGUAGUUGUCACAUAUCCUGCAACAAAAGUCUCUUUUUCUAAAUGAUGGAUGGCAAUAUCAACAUCUCUAAUGGGACAUCAUUCUUCGGACAAUGUCAUCGAGACACCAGGAUAGCCCAUGUGGUAUUUCCACUCUUAUACAGCUUUCUUUUCCUUGCUGGAUUUCUACUCAAUAGUUUGGCAGUGUUGGCUUUUUUCCAGAUUGCAAACACAUCAAGUUUCAUCGUGUAUCUGAAGAAUACUUUGGUUUCUGAUUUCAUAAUGACGCUGAUGCUACCUUUUAAGAUUUUAACGGAUUCAGAACUGGGAUUGUGGCAACUUAAAGCUUUUGUUUGCCGUUUUUCAGCUGUAAUAUUUUACGAGACCAUGUAUAUUAGCAUAGUGCUCCUUGGACUCAUUUCCUUGGACAGGUUUCUCAAGAUUAUUCGGCCAUUUGGGAAGUUUUGGUUGCACAACGUCACAUCAGCAAAAAUACUCUCAGGACUGGUCUGGUUCUUCUUUUUUGGCCUCUCUUUGCCAAAUAUGGUUUUGUCAAACCGUGAGGCAACACCACUCACUGUAAGGAAGUGUGCUUCAUUGAAGAAUCGCUUAGGACUGAAAUGGCAUGAAGCUGUAAACCACAUAUGCCAGGUCAUCUUCUGGACUAUUCUGAUCUUAAUCCUAUUGGUUUACAUAAUUAUUGCAAAAAAGAUCUACAGCUCUUACGUAAAUACUCAGAUAAAAGAGUGCAAAAUUAAACAAAGAGCCAAGAGUAAGGUAUUUAUAAUUGUUGCUGUUUUCUUCAUUUGCUUUGCCCCUUUUCAUUUUGCCCGAGUACCUUAUACUCUUAGCCAAACUGGCAAAGGUAUUGACUGCAGCGUACAGAACCGACUAUUCAUAGCAAAAGAAAGCACUCUAUGGUUAGCAACUGCCAAUAUAUGUAUGGACCCUCUGAUAUACAUAUUACUGUGUCGUCAGUUUGUAGAAAAAGCUUUCUGUGUUAAAUUGCGAAAAUCUAGGAAUACAAUUCAAGAAAAUAUAACUAUUGCACUAGAUACUGGUAUAUCUGCAUAGUAAUUUUGGAUGAAGAUUUCUUUUUCUUAUUCUGAAAUUGUUCUAGUUUUGUAGUAUAUGUACAUUUAUAUAGACACACACACACAUGCAUGCUAAUGAUUAUAAUAUAAUCAAAUGGCUAUGUGUUUCAGAUCUUGCUUACAACAAUAUAUUUCUCAUUUUAAAUGUUACAUGAAUAGAAGAGGAUGGUGGCCACAUCUGCACUUUGUUUAAAGGUAUUUCUUCUGCCUGGUUUCUCCACAAAAAUCACAAUUAUUUAAGCAUCAUUUGAUGCUGUAAGUCUGGUAAUAAGCCUCGUAGUACUCAAUGGGGCUUUCUUUUGAACAGACACACAUAGACUGCACUGCCCUAUGAGCCUGCCUGAAUUUUAAAAAUAUUUAGGAAAGGCCCAUCUCUUCCUAGAGGUGGAUUUGGUGGAGACAAGAAGGGCCUUCUUUCCAGCUGCUUUCACUUGCUGGAGUUGCUUAGCAAGGGUAUUUACAAUGGUAACUAAAUUUGCAUCUUUGCUGUUGUCUCUCCACAAGAUGCAAAAACUUAUUUUAAAAGCAUGCCUUUAUUAUAUAAGCAAACAUUCCAUUUAAGGGGAGGUAACUGGUUAGGUAAGCACGCUCACAUUUAGCACUGGUCUUAGAAUUCAUUGUGUUUCCAACUGUUUUUUAUUUGUUUUUUGUUUUGCAUAUACAGUAUCACUAUUUUGUUUUAUUAUUGCCUUGAGCACUUCUUUUGUAAAUUGGUAGAUGAGCGACAGAGAGACAGACAGACAGACAGACAGACAGACAGACAGAGACAGACAGACA